UGCUGAGGAGGGGAGCGGCCGAGGAGGAAGAAGAGGAGGAGGAAGAAGAGGAGCGUCCGAGGAGGGGACCGGUUCGUCGGUGAAGUAGAAGAGCAGUUUCCACCAGACCCUUCCAAUGACGGAACUGGUCGCCAACUUGCCCCACUGCCAGAACGCUCAGCUGACAGAUGACAAUCACCUGAGCAACACAAUCCGCUGCCAGACCGAACUCGGCGAGAGGCAGAGGCCGGAGCCCGGCGAGAGAGGCCGCCAUGACCGCCCGGCCUCGGAGACCAACGGCCAGGCCCCGGGCCGGACGAGGCAGGGGCCGGACCCGGAAGAGGAGGACGACGAGGAGCUGACGCUGAAAUACGGCGCUAAGCACGUCAUCAUGCUCUUCGUGCCCGUCACGCUCUGCAUGGUCGUCGUGGUGGCCACCAUUAAGUCCGUCAGCUUCUACACCCGCAAGGACGGCCAACUACUCUACACCCCCUUCACGGAAGACACCGAGACAGUGGGUCAGAGAGCACUGAACUCCAUCCUGAACGCCGCCAUCAUGAUCAGCGUCAUCAUCGUCCUGACCAUCCUCCUGGUCGUCCUCUACAAGUAUCGGUGCUAUAAGGUGAUCCACGGCUGGCUUAUCAUUUCUUCCCUCCUGCUACUGUUUGUUUUCUCAUUUAUUUACUUGGGAGAAGUAUUCAAAACCUACAACGUGGCCAUGGACUACAUCACCCUCGCCCUCAUGAUCUGGAAUUUCGGCGUGGUGGGGAUGAUCUGCAUCCACUGGAAAGGCCCGCUGCGGCUCCAGCAAGCCUAUCUGAUCAUGAUCAGCGCCCUCAUGGCCCUGGUCUUCAUAAAGUACCUCCCCGAAUGGACCGCCUGGCUGAUCCUCGCCGUCAUUUCAGUCUACGAUCUGGUGGCGGUCUUGUGUCCCAAAGGACCCCUUCGAAUGCUGGUUGAAACAGCGCAAGAGAGGAACGAGACCCUUUUCCCCGCUCUGAUUUACUCCUCAACUAUGGUGUGGCUGGUGAAUAUGGCGGAGGGCGACCCAGAAGCUCAGAGGAAAGUUUCCAAAAGUUCCAAUUCCCAUGCACAAACUCCACCCAACCAGACCCCGACCAGCGUUGCCGAGACGGACGACGGAGGCUUCAGUCGUGAGUGGGAAGCUCAGAGGGACAACAAUCUGGGGCCCUACCAAUCCACGCCCGAGUCACGAGCGGUCGUGCAAGACCUCCCCAGCCCCCCGCAAGCCAGUGAGGACAUCGAGGAGAGGGGUGUAAAGCUUGGGCUCGGAGACUUCAUCUUCUACAGCGUCCUGGUUGGGAAGGCCUCCGCAACAGCCAGCGGAGAUUGGAAUACAACCCUCGCCUGUUUUGUAGCCAUACUGAUCGGUCUGUGCCUUACCCUGCUGCUUCUCGCCAUCUUCAAGAAGGCCUUACCAGCUCUUCCCAUCUCCAUCACGUUUGGGCUCGUUUUCUACUUUGCCACAGAUAACCUCGUACAGCCUUUUAUGGACCAGCUAGCAUUCCACCAGUUUUAUAUCUAGCACAAUUGACUCGGGGAUCCCCCCCCCUCCGCCCCACCGCGCCCCAUCUCCACCUCCCCUCCCCCCCACCCCACCCCAGAUUUUCCUCUUUCUGACUGUAGCGAAAUCCGGAGAGAACGGAGAUUUUUUUGGUUUUGUUUUUCUCUUUCCUUCCUCUCCCUCCGUCCCCCGGGACCAGAUUUUCAGAUUUCUCGCCGGAUGUGCGGCGCGACUUCCACCCAGAGCACCGACAGACUUCCCCUCCGUCAGAAAGGGUUUCGGGCGGGCCGUUUUUCGAGGGCUGGGCACCCCCGAAUCUGAGCGCGAGGAAACCGGACAACCCCCGUCCCCGGUCGGAGAGGAUCAGCCCGGGGGAUGGAAGGAAAUAAAAAUAAAAAAAAGUUACUAACGCUU